UGGUCAACUGUCGACCCACUCUUACGUCAUUGUUCAAAAUGGCGACUGGCGGUUGCGUUUAUUAGGACACUUCGCUUCGUCCAAGGACUAGCAGCGUGUUUCGCACAUUCCCCGGGCAUUUCCCCCUGCUACACUGACCCAAUGUAGAAUCAGAUAGCUACUUCAAGAGCAGGAGAAGCCAUGGUUUCUGCGAUCAUAUCCCGGUUUGUCGUGCUAUUAUUUGGGACCCUGUAUCCAGCUUAUGCAUCAUACAAGGCAGUGAAAACGAAGAACGUACGAGAAUAUGUGAAAUGGAUGAUGUACUGGAUUGUUUUUGCCUUAUUUACAUGCAUGGAGACUUUUGCAGACGUCUUCAUAUCAUGGGUCCCAUUUUACUACGAGGUGAAGAUUGUGUUUGUGGUGUGGCUGUUGUCUCCAUACACCAAGGGGUCCAGUUUUAUUUACCGAAAGUUUGUACACCCAGCAUUGUCCAAGAGAGAAAAGGAGAUUGAUGAGUACAUAGCACAGGCCAGCGAAAGGAGUUAUGAAACAAUGGUGAAGAUGGGAAAGAGUGGACUGAACAUGGCUGCAACUGCUGUUGCUAAGACAGCUAUCAAAAUCCUCCUCCUUCCUUUCUUUCUGACCAAAGUAGCUUGGACACGGAAUCCAGAAUUGCUCAAAUCUGCCUUUUCUUGGGACUCUUCAUCACAGCACUUGGAUGAAAAUGGUCAGCAGACAAUAACAGAACGUUUGAUACGGGGGCUGAGCACACAGGAUCUCAGCACGGUCGGACGGGACUCCAGUAGUGAGCGUGACGUCCCAUCGUCCCGAAUGUCCGUUAGUGACGAUGAAGCGCUGACCAUGAGAACCAGCCCUGUGGAUAGCAACAGACUAACAGAAGAGAUGGAGAGACAAAGAGACAGGAAGGGUGGAGAAGAGAUAGUAGAGACCAAGUACUCCCACAUACGGGGGCCACGCAGCAUGCUGGAGGAACAGGCGGGGGGUGAACCGGGCCCCCCACCCACUGGGACAUGGCCGCGUCAGCGCAAGCUGUACGACUCGGGGCCACAGCUCCGCAGAUCCCUGUCCGUUAACUAUGGGACUGAUUCUGAUCAUUCGGACCGGCUUGAUCGGCCCUACCUGUACAGAACCCAGUCCAUGUACCUAAGCUCUGGGUAUCGCUCAACCCUCCCAGCAACGUACGAGGGUGGUGGUCAAGCGGAGACAAGUCGGAAACAGGCUUCCAGCAAGUCCAGGAAAUCAGUAAAGCCCUUCCAAGUGGAAAUUGAUGAUGAUGGUGAUGAUGAUGAUGAUGAUGAUGACACUGAUGAACAAAUUCCCAUCAAGUCAGCUCCUACCAAGUCCAAGAAGAAGGAGAUAACAGGCAAAGUACGUACAUCAUCACAAGCCUACCAAACACCUGUAGCAAACCUAAGGAGCAUCCCAGAAAAGGUCCCAUCUAUGCCAGAACAAGAUCACUUCGCAGAAAGACCAACACUUAACCAACAGGCACCUUCUGCAAGGGACACCAAACACAACCUGGGAGGACCCCUGGUCGCACCAACCCCACCAAAAUUACCUACAAGAGAGAAAGCUUGCAAAGAGACUACAACAAAAGGAGCUACCAAGGAAAUAGAAACAGAUAAAAUUAAAGGAAAAUCACCAUCAAAAACCACAGGAAAAGUUGGCAUCAAAAAAAGAAAGAUGGUGAUCCAAAAACUAUGAACACAACAUCAAAGCCUCCCCCAUUUUCUGCAAGGUUUUGAAAAAUAAUCAAAAACUUAAAUCAUCUAUAAUUCAUAAUGGUAAUGAUUAUGAGUGUUUGAAUCAUGCGGUCUGCAAAAAGAAACACGUAUACUGAUAUUUGUUCUACAUACUGCAAACAAUAGUCAGGAACGUGAUGCACACAUCUGUACUUACCUACAUCCUGACAUCUAAUCACAGAAUCUCACAUAGAAAGGAUGUGAAGCUGCUAAGGGAUAUAACAUUCAUCUUCUGUGAUUAAUUUCUUGAUAACCAAUUCACCUUUUUAUAAGUGUCUAAAGAAUCAUGAUCAACAAAACAGACAACUAAGUCUGAAAUUUGAUAAUUUGUCAAUAUUGGUUGCUGAACAAAUCUUUGAUGAGUUGUUUUUACCAGGGGAGAGGUUGGACUUGUUUGCAUUGAUUGUGGCCUACAGCUGUUGCAGAACUAUGUUGUAACAAAUGCAUACUAGUAUACCAGUAAACCUAACACAAAAUAUCCUUAAUCACAUCUUCCAUAAGUUUCAUCAAUCCAUAAAUAAUUUCGGGUUGGUAGAUCAUAGGAUAUAGCAGUUUUCUUUUACACAACCAGUUGAUCUCACCUUAACUGAUGUUUCGAUGUCUGUCAGAUAUCUUCCUCUGAGCUUCUUUGACAUUGAGGGGGCCAUGAUAAUAGAUAGAGAAGGCAACAGACGCAUCCAUUGGAUUAAAGAAGGCUUCUGAGAAGCUGUCCGGAUAAUGACGUCAACCCAGUAAAGAAACGGGACGAGGGGGGGGUGCAAACUCAGCCACAUUUGGGAUUGUGUUCUCACUGCACCACCUACGUUGACUAUAUAUUGCAGCGAGAAGCAGAACUCCAGUAGAAGCUCUGAGGAAGAUAUCUGACAGACAUGGAAACAUCAGCUAGGUGAGAUUGACUGGUUGUGUAAAAGAAUACUGCUACAUGUAUAUCCUUUUUUUUAUAAAGUUGGAAAAUCACUGAAUAACAUGAUUUUCUUUCUUCACAACCAAAAUCUUCAACUUGCUACUUUGUCAGUUGCACUGUAUUGUGGAUUAUAUGAAAGGGUAACGUUAUAUAUUGGCCUUUACAACUAUACCCCAUUGUUAUGAUGACACAGUUAUGGAUCAAGCUUCUGGAUGGUGAAAAAAGUGCUGAAACUUCCCUGAUAUUAGCAUUUAAGUCUUUGGUAGCCGUUAAAGUAAUACCUCAUUUGUAAUGAUCAUGAUUUUGUACAAUGAGCACUAGGAUCAAUUAAUGAAUGGGCCGGGUCACUCCCCAAAGUGCCAAAAUUUCCCUGCUAACUUCAGACACUGGGAAUUUCUGCAGUUUUUCUCUAUGAGUCCCUCAUAUCAACUGACCAGGUAAAGUCACAUGAGGAGGUACUGUAAAGGACAAUACAUAUUAAGCUUUUCAAUGAUAUACAUGUGUGAUACAUUUGAAAAAAGUAACGAUGGAGAUAUCAAGUAUCCAAACUUUUGUGCUAGGGUUGAACCGAAUGUUAAUACCAUUGGCACAUGACAUCAAGCAGGCUUUACUUACCACUGAUGUUCAGGGACCGUGUAGUGGUAGAGAAGCUGAUACAGAAUGGGAAUACGUGACUGCAAUACAUCGUUGCAAUAUUUAGUGAGGUGAAACAUGUUUGAAGCGUGGGUCUUCCAGCCUUAUUUAAUUGGUAUGUAUAUCACAGCUUGGUAGCUGAGCCAUGAAUUAAGUCUUCUGCAAAAGAUAGCUUGCUGAAACUGCUCAGUCCAGAAACAAAAUAGCUUAACCAAACCACAAGAGGAACUACAUGAAUAUUCAUUUUUACGAACAUUAAGAAAAUGCUAGCUUUUGCAAGGGAGCUGUUGCUUGCCUGGCUCAGCUACAAGCGCCAUGUUCCAUCAACAGUUCAAAGUGCCAAUAUUGACAGCACACGGAAAGGUUGAAGACGCCUUGAAGGACAAAUAACCUAGUAAGAAGAACAAAAAGAGGUGGAAGCUGCUAACUUUCAUGUGCUUUUUGUCAUUGUUACAUACUUCACGCCUGUUUUUUUUGCACUUCGCCAUUAAAGGCUUUAUUGCUUUUAUAGAAUACAUUGUUUCAAACUUGUCAUGCUAGUUGUACAUGGUGAUGGAUCCGUGUGUAUGUGUGUGUACAGAUAUAUAUAUAUGUAGAUAUGGGCAUAAUGGAAAGUUCUUUGCGUGCAAUAGAUAUGCUCAAGUAUUUCUCCAGGCUUGACAGUCUUGAGAAAAUUACCAGUAGAUAUUAACACAUUAUAGAAGUAAUUAUGCUAACCUUUAUUGAAAAUGUGGUGUGUUUUUUGGCAUAUAUUCAGCAUAUAGAUUUCAGCAUAUUUUGGUUCAGAUCUAUAUGCACGACCUUAUACAUGUAGGUAGGGAUGUGAAUUUCAUUUGUGUCAUUCUCUACAUGUAUCGGGGACCCUAUAGAAGAAGUAACUUGGCUGUAAUUGUGGCAGAAAGACAACAAAUCAAGUUUUCCAUUAAUUUGUAGCAUCUAUGAUUAGCUAUUUAAAUAAGUAUUGCAUAUGUUACCAGAGUACUGUAGCCUUUGUACGGUGGUGCUUGCUGAUAUCUUUCAUCUUACAAAUGCUACAAUAGUUUUUCAUUUUUAAUGAGUCUGUGAAAAUAACUGUCAGUAUUGAUAAAAUAAUGUCACAUUCCACGCUCUGUACAUGUCAAAAUGGGUGAAGUAGUUGAGCAAGAAUAUAUGAUGUAGAUCGCACCGUU